CGAGUUGGCGCGGGGAGUGGCGCCCCUGAUGCGGGCGGUGCGAGGUUUCCACCGCGGGAAGAAGGGAGGGGGACUUCCCGAGCCGGCCACCCGGUUCUGACGGAGCAGUGACAACAACAACAGUUGCAUCCGACGGCUGAGCUUCAAUUAAGGCUUUGCAAAGUGCCUUCACCCACAGUAAUCACCACUCAGUUUACAAGGAUCACCGACUCCUGAGGGAGGUGUCAUUAUCCCCAUUAUACAGGGGUGGGAAUUAAGGCCCAGAGGGCCUGAAGGACUCGUCAGCAGGAGCUGGCCCCCAGAUGGGGACUCCAAAGAACCCCUCAUCUGCUCCCACACACGCCCAAGGCAUAAGGAAGUCGGGAGCUGAGCAUCCGGAGACGUAGAAGCCCAGAGCAUGUUCCAGAUCCCAGAGUUUGAGCAGAGUGAGCAGGAAGACUCCAGCCCUGCAGAUAGGGGCCUGGGCCCCAGCCCCACAGGGGACAGGCCCCCAGGUCCCAGCAAGCACCAGCAAACGGCCCCAGGCCUCCUGGGGGAAGCUGGUCACCAGCAGGGGCAGCCAGCCAGCAGCAGCCACCAUGGAGGCACUGGGGCUGUGGAGACCCGGAGUCGCCACAGCUUCUACUCCGCGGGGACGGAGGAUGAAGAAGGGACGGAGGAGGAGGAGCCCAGCCCCUUCCGGGGCCGCUCGAGCUCGGCGCCCCCCAACCUCUGGGCUGCACAGCGAUAUGGCCGCGAGCUCCGGAGGAUGAGCGACGAGUUCCACGGCUCCUUCAAGGGACUUCCUCGCCCGAACAGCGCGGGCACAGCGGCGCAGAUGCGACAAAGCCCCAGCUGGACGCGCUUCCUUCAGUCCUGGUGGAACCGGAACUUGGGGAGAGGAGGCCCCGCCCCCUCCCAGUGACCUUCUGUCCCACAUCCCGAAUCUCCGAACCGCUGCUGGCGGCCAUCUUGGGAGUGGGCGGAAGUCUUUUCUGCAGGCCUUAUGCAAAAGGAGGCUGUUUCGUCCCUUUCAGAAGGAGGCGGUCUGACCCAGAGCCCAAUUCCCUUCCGGUGUGUGCGAGGACCGCGGAGGGGCUCGGCCCCCGUCGGAAGUCUUGAAGUUUUUCCGCCCUUAGGUGCUGGAAAUGGCCCUGUGACCCCGCCCCCGGCACUGGGCUGCCACAGUCGCCUUCGCCAGUUGCGAGCCGGAAUUAACCCUAACUUCGCCAGAACCCUUUCCUCCGCGGUAACGCUGCGGGCCGAUGCUCGCUAGAAAUGUGGUAAUAAAGCCCGCGU